AUGGCCAACAAGACCAACGAAGAGGUCGUCACCGAGACCUUCUCGGAACGACACCCAUUUGCUGAUGGCAUGACCGCCGGCGCCGCUAGCGCCGGUGCUGGCCUCUUGGUCAGUGCCAUCCAGAACAGUUUGCAGACCCACAACAAGGGUGCCCUCGGUGUCUUCACACGCACAGGAAGCACUAUUGCUCUUUUCACUGCAAUGGGAGGAAUCUUCUCGUACACCGACGCGACGGCUGCCAACUUCCGUCAGAAGGAUGAUGCUGUCAACGGUGCCAUCGGAGGAUGUGCUGCCGGUGUUGUACUCGGAGCUGCCGCUCGCUCGGUGCCCAUGAUGUUCGGUGGUUGUGCCUCGCUCGCAGCGUUGAUCGGCACUUUCGACGCAGCAGGCAAGUCGCUGCAGGGCACAUACGCACGAUCGUCGCCAACAGACUUCACUCACGGCGCAGAGGACGCAGAACACGGGCCCGGCGGGCAAGGCUGGAGGGAAGCGCGAGAGGCUCGUCGCAAGAACUUCUUCAAGCAAAAGAAGGACGAUGUUGAGUCGGACGCAUAA